AUGAAAAACAAAUUUUAUAGGCAAUUGUCAGAUCGAGCAGAAAGUUUUUGUCGUACGCUUGAAGGACGUUGGGCACUUGGCGAUUGUGGUAAUUCGGUGCUUGUAUUUAUAUGGAAGCAUUAUAAAAAGGUAAUUAUUUGGCCAGCUCGACUUGCUCAACGAUAUGUUACGGCAAGAGAAAGGCGAAAAAUUUUAAAAAAUGUAGAUAGUUUGAUACAAAAUGAUAAAUGGUAUGAAGCGCUUAAACGGAUCAUCGCAGCAUUACACGAUGAUUUAAAGGGUGAACCGGAAGUUCGUAUUGAUACGGGUACAUUAUCAUUAAUUAUCGCUGUAGGUGUUGCUGUUUUAUUUACUAUUAUGAUUACAUGUUGCGUAUGCGCAUUCCGUUGCUGCGGCAAUAUGCGAUCGGAUCAAUCAGAUCGAUUUGGUAAAUCAUUGCAACGAAUUGAUAGCUUUCGAGCGCAAAUCAUACGACACGGCACACAAUUAAGGCAUUCAUUUUCACGAUCACCAAAAUUUGGUAGUUUUCGUGAAUGUUCAAUGAAUAGCUCAUUUAUUAGCGAUGCUGGAAAUGCAACAAUUGUUUGA